UGAUCUUGUGGCGUGUUCUUAGCCUGAGAAGUGCUGGCUUUAUUGCUGUAAGAUCUCAGACCAGGCACUAUUGCUCUUCUUAUAGCAGACAUCACUGUCGCUGUUCAAGAAACUUCUUGCACUCCGACUAUCAUCAUAAAAAACGAUGUCAUACAGCGGCGAUCAAACACUGAACCAGCAAUCUGCCUAUGUGCCUACUACAGCCUCAUUUAAAUCAAAAUCUACCGCCCAGAAGAUGAACAAGGGCGAUAAGCGCAAGACUGUUCUUCGUAAGGGUGCAGGUCAGCAAUGGGAGGAUCCGACGCUGUUAGAUUGGGACCCAUCCCAUUAUAGGCUUUUUGUAGGAAAUAUCUCAAAUGACGUUACCGAACAGCUUCUUGAUGAGACGUUCUCGAAAUUCAAGAGCUACACAAAGUCCAGAGUCGUACGUGACAAGAUUUCAAACAAGGCAAAGUACGGUUUCAUUGCAUUCGCUGAUCCAGAGGAUUUCCUCAAAGCCUGGAAAGAGUUUGACGGCAAAUACGUCGGUAAUAGACCAAUAACACUCACUAAAUCUCAAACGAAGAUCAAUCAUAACGAAAUCGGAUAUAGAAAGUCAAGCCAACUUAAUUCAGCAAAGAAGAAUCGUCAUCAGCCAUACUAGAUAAUGUCAUUAAUUGUACAAUUAGCGCGUCAAUUCAUUUAUUCCAUUACACCAACGAUCUCCUUCUCCGGUGGGUCUUCUUCGAAGCCAUCUGCAUCUGAAAUGCGAACCGUGAGCCACCUAGCUUCCAUCUGCCUGCUAAAAUCGCUCUCCGGAGGAGCUGCGAAUUGUGCUUUGAUCGCAUAUCGUGGCCAGUUCUUAACUACUUGCGUGCGAGGUGCAUGUGCGACAUCAUUGUUGGGCGUUGGCUCAGAAUAUGAUUCUUGAGGAUCACCGAGAGUUUUCAUGAAAUUUUGCAACUUUGAGGUCUCGGUAAGUUCUACAGAGCCUCUAGGCGGUUCAUAUCCAGGCGUACCAGGUGUAGACGGCUUGUCGCUGUCUAGCGUCGACAUACCAGCCAAACCGGCUGCUAAACCACCGGCUAGACCGCCACCGAGACUUCCAAAGCUGGAUGACACGGGUGUGAGGGAGGGUGGAGCAGGCCAGCGACCAUCCCCACUAACGAACGACUUGCCAGAUGCGUUUGAACUGACGCUGUUGCUCCGUGAGACAGCUGGGGUGGUUGCUUGACUCGCCGAACGUGGUGGAGGAAUAGUUAAUGGAAGGAAGGGGAAUGGUGGGUCUUGCUGUAGCUUAUGUGAGUUAUAGAGCGUCACUUCUGCCAAAAUGAGUCGCGCAAAGUCCAAAUUUUCAACGUCCUCACCCUCAGCGGGGACGUAGUCAUCAAUUGGCCUGAAUCCGAGUGACAAACCGAGGUCAACGUAUCUAAACCAGACAUUGUGUGGGUGAGCCUCUACUUUCGGAAAUGCAGUGUCUAUCGCAGUCGCCAGUCUACCCAAAGCGGCAAGAAGUUUGGGAGAUGUAGGCGUCUGUCCUAGCAGCAGUCGUGGAUCGAAUGGUCUUGAAGAUGGCGUUUGUGGAACGCUAUGUCAUCGAAUCAGAAGGUGAGUCUAUUGAGGGAGCAGAACGGACC